UGUAAACAAAUUAUCAACAAAAUAAUAUUUUUGAUUCUAUUUUUGAGUUAAAAAUCUUUCUACAAUAAUGGCAACGAAAAGUAGGACAUUUCUACCAAUCGAAAAUUCAUUAAAAAUGCGAUAUUUGGAACAGUACGCACAUGCAGUCGUUCAUUACAGUUCCAAGUACAAUAGUCAUUGCAGUUAUUCAUAUGCUCCACACAAUUUAGUGGGGAAGUAUGUUAAAUAUCCUUCUUAUGGGGACUUUCAAGAGGCUUAUUUUUUGAGAUCUUAUGGAAAAUGGUGGAAAACCAGCUCAGCAACUCAGAAAGACUACAGACCUCAGGAUUUUGAUUUACUUGGAGCCGAGGAUUUUAUCACUCUAGAAUUUGGAAGUACAGUGGUUCCUAGAGAAAUAUUCAUUUACGAAGUCUACAAUCCAGGUGCCGUAAUUCGUAUAUGGGGCAGGUUAAAAAUCGAUCCGAAAUGGCAUUUGCUUUGGGAAGGAUUUCCACAAAAAUGCGCUCCCAAGUCCAGAAAGUUUUGUCCUCCACUUAGAAAAAUUAACUGCCUGAUAAAUAUAAUUAGGCUAGAAUUCAACCAAAGCCACCUAGAAUAUCACACAGCCAUAGAUGCGGUCCUUUUGAGCGGUUACCAGCCAGAAACCACUUUCCAAAGUGAAAUAAUCCGGCACGGAUUGACAGAAGUUAAAUUUAAUACACCUCAAACAAUAAGGGAGCUAACUGUUGGAGAUUUGGAAAAGAGAACAAAAAACCAAGGUGAUGUUUCUGAGAAUUUAGAGCCUGUGGAUUGUUUUUGCUUAUUACCUGAUGAAAUUAUUAUAAAUAUUUUUCACUAUUUGGAUUUGAAAUCGCUGAGUAGAUGUGCGCAAGUGAAUCACAGAUGGAAUAAAUUGGCUCGAGAUCAGACACUUUAUCAAAAUAUUAGUCUUAAGAUAUACUGGUAUCUGGUAGACACAGAAACUCUGGACCACUUCCAAAAAAAAAUCGUCAACCUCAAAAAACUCGAUCUCUCUUGGUGCAACGAACACCAACUUUAUUUCCACCAAAGAUUAAAUUACGAUUACCAUCUUAAGUUACAAAGUAUUAUAGAAGGAGCUAGCAAGACUUUGACUCACUUGAGCCUAAAUGACAACUAUUUUGUGGAUUUUGAUGUUAUUGGAAAAAUAAAUCAAUGUACAGAGCUAGUAGAUUUAAGAUUACACAAUAGUUUCAACUGGAUCAGAUGUCCUCUGGAUAAAUUAACCAAUUUGGUGUCUUUGGAUUUGAGCCUGACAUAUAUUAUUGCUCAAGAUUUAAUACAGAUUUUGAUGGCUAAUCCGCAUUUGGAAAAUUUAAAUUUGGAUCUUUGUGAAAAACUUGUCCUAGUUGACCAAAUAGUCGAAACAGUUGCUAUGUUCAAUAAAAAACUGAAAACGUGGCGCUCCUGGAAAUCGUUUUACUUUACCCCCGACGGAAUUCGCAAAUUCGGUUUGUGCCAGAAUUUGGAAGAACUGGAUUUGGGUUGGUGUCUGAUUGAUCGGGAUCCGGGCGAUUGUCUUUUGUCGAUCGCUAACGGAUGUAAACGUCUGAAAAGGCUGAUACUCUCCGAGUGGCGUGGAUUAAGCGAACAGCUUCUCAUGCCUGUGAUUUUAUCCUGCAAAGAACUCACCCAGAUAGAUUUGAUCGGGAUCAAAACUAUCACCGCCGACGUGUGCGAAAACGCUUUGUUCCGUUUGCCCAAACUUCGUCUGUUGGACAUCAGUUUUUGCGAUGGUGUGCGACAAAGUGAGGUUGAAAUAUGGAGGCAACAGUACCCUCAUAUAACCAUUCAAAGAAGCUGCGAGUUUAUCGUGACCGAUUAUUUGUAGCGAGGAAAUUUUUUAAAAUAUUUGAAAGAGUAAUGUAUUUAUAUAUUAAAGCUUUAAUAUGAAAUUGAUAGCGUUUGAAUAAUUGAGGGCUAUAGAUAAUGAAAAAGUGUAAAUUUCAAUCUAAAUUAUUCAGAUAUUAUUAUCAAGUUUCAACGAUCGUUAUCCA